AUGUCUUACGACACAAUAGACGAGGCAUACGAUGUCCUCAUUGUAGGAGCUGGCAUGUCUGGGAUCUGCGCCCUCCAUAGCAUCAGGUCCAGAUUCCCAAGUUGGCGCGUCCGCGUGCUAGAUUCAGCACCAUCGGUAGGCGGCACCUGGUAUUGGAAUCGCUACCCAGGCGCUCGCUUCGAUUCCGAGACUCUCUCAUAUACCUUCUCCUUUGACCAGGAACUGCUCCAAGAGUGGCAAUGGAAGGAACGUUUCUCGGCCCAGCCAGACACGCUCGCAUACAUCAACUUUGUCGCCGACCGUCUUGAUUUGCGUCGCGACAUCCAGCUCAACACCCGUGUCGUCUCUGCUCGCUGGUCUGAUGAUGAGAGCCGCCGGUGGAUCCUUGUAGACGAGACUGGUCGCUCAUAUUCAGCCAAAUUCUUCGUCUCGUGCCUCGGUUUCCUGUCAAAUCCCACUCUACCUGCCAUUCCUGGCAUCCAGGACUUUAAGGGCCAGGCCUUUCACACGUCGCGGUGGCCAACCGAUAUCAGCCACCGUGACAUAGUCGCCGGCAAGCGAGUGGGAAUCAUCGGCACUGGCGCAACUGGCAUCCAGACCAUUACCGCCCUCGCCAAGAUUCCCGAGCUUAAGUCUCUAACCGUCUUCCAGAAGCAGGCUAUGUGGGCUGCCCCUCUACGAAACAGCUCUAUAGAAGACAUGGCCCAGGAGCGGAAGAAGUACGCCGAAAUAUUCAAGUUGCGGAAUGAGUCUCCAACCGGCUUUAUUCACUUGCCUGACAAGCGCAAAUCCAGCGAAGCUACUCCUGAAGAACGCCUUGAGCUUUGGGAGAGCCUAUAUAACAAGCCUGGCAUGGGCAAGUGGCUGAGUGCUUUCUCUGAUACCUAUAUAGACCGCGAGGCCAAUAACUUAUACUCGGCCUUUAUGGCUGAUAAGAUCCGCGCCCGGGUUAAUGACCCAGAGAUUGCUGAGAAGCUUGUUCCUAAAGAUCAUGGUUUUGGCCUUGCCCGAGUACCUCUUGAAAGCGGCUACUAUGAGUCUUAUAAUCAGCCUAAUGUCCACCUUGCCGAUAUCAGCGUCAAUGGCAUUGAGAAGAUUACUCCAGCUGGUAUUACCUUGGAAGAUGGCACCAAGUAUGAGCUUGAUGUGCUUAUCUAUGCGACUGGAUUUAAUGCCAUUACAGGCGCUUUUGUUAAUGUUGACUUCCGUGGUAAGGACGGCAUCCCUCUUAUGGCUCGAAGCGGCGAAGCCGAGGCUGAUCGCGCUGCUUGGCUUGAUUUCAUGCCCCAAACAUACCUCGGCAUGACCGUACCCAAGUUCCCCAAUAUGUUUAUGGUCCUUGGACCUCACCAGCCUUUUGGCAAUGCCACCCCAAACAUCGAGCAUGCCGUCAAAGUCGUUACUAGUAUACUUGAAACGUGUUAUGAGAAGGGCAUUACCUAUGUCGAAGCCACCGAAGAAGCUGCGGAUUACUGGAACGAUCACGUCGUCAAGGGCAGUGAAGGUGCUCUGCUCAACGAGGUUGAUAGCUGGAUGACCGGUAUCAACAAAAACGCCGGGAGAGUCAAGCGCGGAGUUGUCCGUUACGCAGGAAGUGCUUUAGAAUACCGGAGGCAAUGCGCAAUGGCUAAGGAGAACGGAUGGAAUGGCCUUGUCAUGCUCAAGGACCAGAACGCAGCCAAAACAGCUAGUCCAAGCAUUCUGUCCAAGCUAUAA